AUGUUCGUUGCAACCCCCAACCUUGAGAAUUCCACUAUCACCCCCACUUACUGGGGUCAAUUUGAAGAGAUUGGGAAGUACAACCCAAGUCUCAAUGUGGCGGAGCGAUUGUGGGCGGCAUGGUAUGCCUGGAUGCAAAACGAUGUGCUGGCCACUGGUAUUAUGUCCUUCGUGAUGCACGAGGCCGUCUAUUUCGGUCGCUCUUUGCCUUGGAUCUUCAUCGACAGCCUCGGACUUUUCAAGGGGUACAAAAUUCAGAAUAGCAAAAUCCCAUCCCUGAAAGAGCAAUGGGACUGCGCCAAGUUCGUCCUUCUCAGUCACUUCACCGUUGAGCUUCCUCAAAUUUGGCUCUUCCACCCCAUGGCCCAGUUCUGCGGCCUGUCAACCUCGAUUCCCUUCCCCACUGUCUGGACCAUGGCCUACCAAAUUGCGAUUUUCUUUGUGAUGGAAGAUGCCUGGCAUUAUUUCUCUCACCGCGCGCUUCACUGGGGUCCUCUCUACAAGGCUAUUCACAAGAUCCACCACCAAUACUCCGCUCCAUUCGGUCUCGCCGCAGAAUACGCUUCCCCUAUUGAAGUCAUGAUUCUUGGUUUCGGAACAGUCGGCUGCCCCAUCUUGUGGUGUGCUUUCACUGGUGACCUGCACAUUCUCACAAUGUAUAUCUGGAUCGUUCUGCGUCUUUUCCAAGCUAUCGAUGCUCACAGCGGUUACGAGUUCCCUUGGAGUCUGCACCAUUUCCUUCCUUUCUGGGCUGGUGCUGAUCACCACGAUCUUCACCAUGAGAAGUUCGUUGGUAACUACUCUAGCAGUUUCCGCUGGUGGGAUUACUGCCUUGACACUGAGUACAACCCUGAGGCUAUUAAGAAGCGUCGUGAGGCGUCUAAGGUGCCUGCUAAGAAGGCUCAGUGA